AUGCCCUCCUCCUUUCCCCAAGCUUGUACCUCCCCACUCCCUCACGACCAUCUCUGUCCCUCCAGCGAGAGGCCGACCGACGUGGAGUGCACGGCCGAGUUGCUCAACGUGGACGCGGCGAAGCUGCACGGGCUGUCAAGGGAGAAGCAGCAGCGGCUGAAGGCGCUUGCGAUGUCGAUCCGGAGAAGAAGGGCGGGAGCGUGGACGGAGAGGAUCUCCCGUGUAUCCAGCACUGUUGGCGGAGGAGGUUUGCAUCACAGGCUGCGAUCGCGGUGGCCCCUUCAACUCAGUUUCGGCGGUUCCGACAGGCCGUCUGCGCGGCUCGCGCCUCGUGAUCCGGGCGAAGAAGGCGAAACCAUCGCAACGAUCGAGGAGGAUGAGGGUUUCGAGGACGAGGAGGCGAGCGAGUUGAAACCCAUCGACGACAUUGAGGAGUGCACGACUUUGGAAGUCAUUCCGGAGCUGACAGCCGACCAACUCCUGUCUUACUCUCUCGCUGCAAGGAAGAAGCUGAUGGCUCUGGCGGGGUCGAUCAAGUACAUUCGACAGCUUCAGGAUGAGGCGGGAGGAAGCAUUGACGGGAUAGAUUUCCCCUGUGUCAAGAAAGGUCGAAGACGCGAAGAAUGA